CAUGAGAAAAAGACUCACUUCACGCUGGCUAUUUGCUGGCAUAAUGAAUUAAUCUUGCAGAUAAUCAGUGAAUUAAUCUUUUUAGUGAACUGAUUCAAACGAAGCGAGUCUCUGGAAUGAAUCAAACACCAUUCUUUCCUCAAUGACGUAGGUUUCGAGCCAAAACAGAGCCACUUCUGUUGCGGACACAAGUCUGUGAUCUCAGACGGCAGUGUGCCGUGACCCUUGCUCCCAUUAUCACGGAUUGGAUUGUUUAGUACAUCGAAUAAGCGAGAGUACAAAUAAAGUUUUGACUGCGUUUCAGGGCUGCCGCGUCUGUCACCAACUUAUCACCUGUCUCCAACUCCACCUAUUCUAUAGGUAACCAUCGCGAGAUUUCACUGACGGGGUUCGGUCAAAAUCUCGUGUCGGCGGAAAAAGUGGAGUUUUGAUUUGGAAAACCAAAACAAAUGUGAUCGACGCCCUUUAAACAGGGUCCCUGCUUCUGUAAAAUGUGAAAACCUCUGGUAUAAGCACAUAACACCAAAGCUUCUUUCCUUCAUGAAGCAAUGAGCCAGCCGUCCAGACACCACCGUCCGCAGAGAGAAAGAAAUGGGGGACACUACAGUGAGAGGCGAGACAGAGAGCCCCGGAGCCGACGGGAUAAUCCUAAUGACCGACGGUCAGGCAGUGAGAGGUCGUCCGGCCGGCCACCUUACUACCCUAGAGGCUCUCAGAGACAUACGAGGAGCGCUCCUCGAGAGGAAUACCAGGAGUCAAAGUGCUCCUACAUCUGUUCCAGGAGAGGUAUUGUGUUAAUAUGCGCCGUCCUGACCAAUGCAUUGGUGCUUAUCUGCGUGGUGGCCGCUCACAUGUCACAGAUGGGCAUGUCUGCGAUGGGUAUGGGCGGAACAAGCUUCAUUGACGCCAUAAUUCCUUUUGAGGGGGUGGAGCUGCAGCAGGUGCGUGAUCUUGACAUGCAGUACGGACAGAUGAGAGCACCAGGAGUCUAUGGCGGUGUGGCAUUCAGCCUCACCUUUGGUGCACUUUCACUCCUAUUCGUAGUGUCCAGCAGCAAACCCCCCCACAUGCUUCCACGGAAGCUCCUGAUUGGACAGUUUGCAUUCCAAAUCAUUGGUGCGGUGGCUUAUGUGGUUGCGGUAGGUUUGUAUCUGCACUUCGUUAUCUCGGUGAACUCAACUGACGUGUGCGUUCGGCGUGAACGACUGUAUGCUCGUAACGGAUAUACCUGGAUGAACUGUAGCGUAGGUGGGGGGGAUGCAGCUGUCGCACUGUUUGGAAUUAUAACCGCAAUUCUGUAUGCUGUUGGGACCAUUUUAACGGGGAAAACAAUCCGGGAUGUCAGCCGUUACUUUAAGGAGCGUAACCGCUAUGAAGCCGAACGCAGAGAACAGCCCAAAGGUCAUCUGGAAACACCUCUGGAUCCUAACACUUAUGUCUGAGUUGUGCAGCAAAAAUAUGGACCAUAACUCUCUGGAUGUACAUAAACUGGUUUUAAUUUUUGUUUUUUUACUUUUAUAAAAUUUUUAGCUGAAAGAAUCCUGUUUUUAGAAUUUUUUAUGCAUAUUAUAGUUGAAUGGGAUUCAGUCUUCAGUUCAAUGUAGUUUUGAUUAUGAAGUUUUUAAAUGAAUAAACAUUGAGUAAUUACUGUAUAAAGUUUUUGGACAGGAAGAUUUUUAAUGUUGUUUUUUUUUUUUUUUUUUUCUUUUUUU